AUGCACAUCUUCCCCUCACACAAACGCCGUCAAGACACCCCAAUCCCCGGUCUCAGCGGCGAGAAGACCGUCGACCCCAAUAACGUUGGUUCGACUGGCGCACUCGCCUUGAACACUGCGGCCAACGCAAACGGUGGUGUGACCUCUGCCCCCCCUCUCGCAACCACCUCCAUCAUCCUCACCUCGUCGGCGUCCACCACUUCAUCCUCGACGCAGAGCCCUUCAAACUCAGCUGUUGCGUCCUCGGCUUCAAAUUCAUCCAUUCCUGUCGGCACUGUCAUUGGCGCAUGCGUCGGAGCGUUCGUGGGCCUCGCGGUCCUCAUCGUCAUUUUCCUAGCAUGGUACAAGCGCUCGACUGACAAGAUGUCGGCCUCCGCUGCCCGCUUGAAUGUCGCUUCAGAGCGAGCGCAGCAACGCGCCGACGCCCGGUCCUUCCGCCAGCUCGACGAUGAGAAGCCUCAGCAGCGUGGUGUUGCUCCCGGUGCGCCUCCCCCGUCCAAGUCUCCCUCCCAGCAGGAGACGGAUGAGAAGAACUUCUCCAUGUUCAAGAAGUCGCCGAGCAUCCGCACCGCAUACACCACCCGCGAAGAUGAAAACGCUUACGACCUUCCGAAGCUUGAGUUCACCAAGUAUCACCCUACACUUGCCGAGGAGCUUGCGCUCGAACAGCCCGACAAGCCGUUUGCCGCUACCGCCCGGGGGGUGUCGUGGGAUGGGGAGACGCUCGGUGACGAUUCCUUCCUGUCCAUGCGUUCCGUCCGCCAGGAGUCUGGGACCAUGUCGCCCACCAUGGUUAUGGCAAAGACGACCCCACCCGCGACGGCAUUCGCUGCUCAAGUUCACCAGUGGGAAUCCGCCGAGGUCUUGAACACGGACGACGAAAUCGCCGCGGCUGCCGGUGUGCCCACGUCCCUGAACCCCUUCGCGGACAUGAUCGAGGAGCAGCCCCGUGCCCGCAGCAACAAUCCUUUCUUCAACGCCCGCGACAUUGCCACCAACCCGAACCGUCAAAGUCGUGCUCGCAGCCGGAGCAACAGCCGUACGAGCCGAGGAGUGUCUAUCAUUCGCCCAGACUCUCGCGGGACCAUCACCCAGGCUUCGAUGAACCCCUUCCUGGACAUGCACGAAGCGAUGCCGACGCACACCGUCGAUAUUACGCAGGCUGUGGAGCCUCUCAACCCUCCCACUUUGCACAAGACCAAUGCCUCCGUUUACUCUGGCUCCUCGUUCGGCAGCGAGCGUGCGAUGGCGUCACUCAUCGCCGCGCUCGACCUCUCCAAAGGGGAGGUUGAGGACCGCCUCCGGAUAGUGUCUAUGCAGGGCUCUACCUAUUCCGCCUAUUCAGCGGAUGAGACGGACAUCGUCCCAGAGUUCCCACUCCCACCAGGCGCGUCCGCCCCGCGGCCAUGA